GGAGCCGCCCGGGACGGAGGCGCGCGCUGCGCACUGCGCCGGGCUUAAAGUGCGGCCCCGCGGCCGGUGGGAGCUGCGGAGCGGGGCGGCCAGGAUGCGGCCCCCGGCGCUGCUGCUGCUCGCGGCGCUGGGCGGUGCGGGGCUGAGCCUGGGCGGCGCGCAGCCGGGGCGCAGGAACCGCUGCGCGCACAUCGUGAGCAGGAACGUGAGCUGCGCGGUGCUGGACGGCAGCGAGAGCUUCGUGCAGGCCCGGCCCGGCUGCCCCUGGGGCCAGGCGCCCUGCGCCGCGGCGCUCGUGUACCAUGUGAACUUCAGGCCCAGGUAUGUGACCAGGUUCAAGACGGUGACCCAGCUGGAGUGGAGAUGCUGUCCCGGCUUCCGAGGCCCGGACUGCCAGGAGGGGCCCCGGGUCCCCGCCCAGGGCCCGCACCCCUCGCCCUCGCGGCCACGCAGCCUGAAAAAGGCCACAGACAAUGAGACGCCGAGCCAGGUCUCCCUGCCCAAGACCUCACUGCCCCCAACCCGAGCCACGGCCCCACAGCAGCCUGCAGAGCCGGGGCCCGGGCCGCAGGAGCUGCAGGAGAAGAUCCAGGUGCUGGAGGAGCGUGUGCAGCGGCUCACGAGGACGGUGCUGGACCUGCAGAACUCUCUGGUGGGCGUCGCCGGGCACCCGAAGCCCACAGUCCACGAUAAUGACAAUGCCAGCGAGACCCUCGGCACCCGGCUCAGGGAUCCUCACCUGUCUCCCACACCCGACCCCGCCGGUCCCAGGGACACGGAGGUGGCCCAGUACCCUGGCAUCCUGCCCAGCAAGGAGUCCGGCAUGAGGGACAUCAAGUCGGAGCUGGCCGAGGUGAAGGACACCCUGAAGACCAAGAGCGACAAGCUGGAGGAGCUGGACGGGAAGGUGCGGGGCUACGAGGGGCAGCUGCGGCAGCUGCAGGAGGCCGCGCAGGGCCCCACAGCCACACUGAGCGCCCCCGAGCUGCUGCAGGCCUAUGUGGACGGCAGGCUGGAGGCGCUGCGGGAGGAGCUGCUGGAGGGCAUGGACCACAAGCUGGGCGACCUCAAGGACAGCUGCGAGUACAAGCUGGUGGGCCUGCAGCAGCAGUGUGACGACUACGGCAGCAGCUACCUGGGCGUCCUGGAGCUGCUCUCGGAGAAGGAGGCCGGCCUGCGGCGGGAGCUGGGUGACCUCCGCACCCGGCUGCAGGACCCCGCGGCCCGGCCCGGCUGCUGCCCCGGCGGCGCGGAUGGCGACUGGGGCCCCCAGAUCCGGGUGCUGGACCAGAAGAUCGAGCGCGUGGCGGAGGCCACCAGGAUGCUGAAUGGGCGGCUGGACAACGAGUUCGAGCGCCUGGCGGCCCCAGAAACAGACACGGACUUUGACGCCCGGUGGGAGGAGCUGGAUGCCAGGAUCAACGUGACGGAGCGGAACGCGGAGGAGCACUGUUUCUACGUGGAGGAGACCCUGCGCGGGGCCAUCGACGGCGAGGUCGGGGGCCUGCGGCAGCUGCUAGACCAAAAGAUCCACUCCCUGGAGGACAGGCUGGACAGCGUCCUCCUGCAAGCGGCCAAUGUUAGUGAGGGCUCGGCGCUGCCUGAGGGGCCCGGCUGGGACGGCGCCCAUGUCCUGGCCGAGCUGCAGCGCCUGCAGGAGCAGGUACAGGGGGUGCAGGACGUGUGCCUGCCCCCCGGGGACGGGGACAGGGACAGGGGUGGGGACGGCAGGAGCCUCUGGACAGCAGUCAACGACACGGUGCACCGCAGGUUUCAGGAGGCUGAGCGCGGCAUCCGGCAGCUGCAGGAGGACCUUGGCGCCCUGCAGUCUCGACUCAGCCACACGGAGGACAGCGUGAGCCGCCUGCAGAAGGCAGUGGAUGACUGCAUAUCGGGGGUGGGCACUGCGGCCAGCCAGGGGGCUGAGGGCGAGCAGACUGCGCCGGCAGGGACUCUUCUGGCCCCCCAGGAGUCCGGGGCCCCGUGCUGCGCCCAGCUGGAGGACAGGUGGCAGGGGCUGCUGGCCCAGGUGCAGGCUGAGCUGGCCACGUGCAGCCAGCAGGCGCGCGGGGCACAGGGCGGAGUGGCCGCGGUGGAGGGCCGGGUGUCCGUGCUGGAGAGGACGUGCGGCAGGCUGGACGCGGUGGCCAGCAGCCUGCAGAGGAUCAAGGAGGGGCUGGGCAAGCACGUGGCCGGGCUGUGGGCCUGCGUCCGGCAGCUGAAUGGCACACUUGGAGCGCAUGCCAGGGACAUCUCCGGCCUGCAGAGCUCCGUGCGGCAGUUCUAUAGCCACGUCUUCCAGAUCUCCCCGGACCUGCAGGACCUGGUCACCUUCCCGCCGCCAGCGGGUGAAAAGCCCUCUGCAGUGUCCCCCAGCCUCGAGACCCUGCAGGUGCCAGCUGAGGCCACUGAUGCUGUGCCCCAGCCUGAGCCAAGCCUGGCUCCCCCCGAGGAUACUGCACGACAGUGGCCCACAGACCAGCGGCCAGGGCUACCCAAGCGACCCCUGGCACCAUGGCCCCCGGAGCAGCCACUGCCUGCACCAUUUGGGCCUGGCUGGACGGGACCACCCCUGCUGCCAGGCGCCACAGGGGUGGUGAUGGAGACAGGCGAGGCUGGGCCCCCAGGCAGGAAGGCUGUGUGGGGCAAGGGCCUGCUUCGGGGUGUGGAUGGGCAGAGCGGGCGCCGGCCCGAGCCCAGCGCCGAGGGCUACGCAGGCGCCCCAGGGUACCCCCAGACGCCACCUGUAGCCGCCCCAGGGCUCCUGGUGCCUGGCCUGGUGUCCUUCUCUGCUGGACUCACACAGAAGCCGUUCCACAGCGACGGGGGCGUCGUCCUCUUUAACAAGGUGCUGGUGAACGACGGCGACGUCUACGACCCUAGCACCGGCGUCUUCACGGCCCCUUACGACGGGCGCUAUCUGAUCACGGCCACGCUGACGCCCGAGCGCGACGCCUACGUGGAGGCGGUGCUGUCGGUGGCCAACGCCAGCGUGGCGCAGCUGCACACGGCCGGAUACAGGCGCGAGCUGCUGGAGGUGCACCGGCCGCGGGGGGCGCACACCUGCGGGGGCCCCGGCGCCUUCCAGCUAGUCGUGCACCUCAAGGCAGGCGACGGCGUCAACGUUGUGGUGACGGGCGGCCGGCUGGCGCACACGGACUCGGACGAGAUGUACUCCACCUUCAGCGGGGUGUUCCUGUACCCCUUCCUCGGCCGCCUCUAGGGCGCAGGCCCCUGACUCCGUGGGUUCUGUCAGGGUGCGGACUGGAGGGCAGAGUCAGGAGCUGCGCCUGUCCUCCGCACUGGAACGGGACGAGGAGGCCCGAAGCGCCCUGUGCCCUGUGCCUCGCUCGCCCCGUCCAGGGGUCCUGGGCGCCGGCCUUCGCUGGAGCUCCAGGCGCACAGCGCGGACCCACACCGCAGGGAGGAAGUCCAGACACUGAAGAUGCCCGGCCACCGAACCCGAGCGUCCAGCGCGGGUCCUCACAAGGGCGCAGGGCCGGCCGGGAUGGGGACACAGCAGACACUAUCCAUGCUAAAGCUUGCCGGGCUCCUGGGAUGACUGUGCGACCUAAGCGCCAAGACUGGGAGUGUCAAUAAAGGUGUCAGCCCUC